AUGGAAGAAGACCAAGAGGCUCAGCAGCAAAGAGAAAAUCAAGGGUCUGUUCCUGGGGAAGGAGAAGGAUUAGAAGGUAAUGGAGGAGGCGUUAACAACAAAGAGAUUAGUCCUUUCACGUGCCAAAUGUGCAACAAAGGUUUCAGCUCAGGUAAAGCUCUUGGUGGGCACAUGAGAAUCCACAACAUCUCUGGAAAGCAGGUUCAUAAGGAGAAACAAGGCACUAGUGAUGUUGCAAAAUCCAAGACAACGAAAUGGGAUUUAGUGGAUGGCAACCCCACCUGUACCCUUUGUGGAAAGAGCUUCUCUUCCAUGAAGUCCUUGUUUGGGCACAUGAGGUCUCACACUGAGAAGCCGAAGAGGGGAAAUCAAAGCUACGCGCCGAUCAUUGGUGCAUCCGCCAAUUCCACUUCUUCCUCAACCCUUUCCGAUGAUUCGGCUGUUGAUCUCUCUCGAGCUCUCAGGGGUUGGUCUGUGACUGCCAAGAGAGGCCGCAAAAGCCCUUCUUGCAGCAAAUCAAAUUCUGGUUUGGAAGAUGAUGAUUAUGAGAUUGAGCCACGUAUGCAAGAGGCCGCGAAUCACCUCUUGUUGCUGGCCACUGGGCGUCCCAAGUGGGAGCAAGAGGUUGGUGCUGAUCAGAUUCAAGAACAGACAUUGAUCAAGAUGGGGUAUAAAGAGGAGUUGUUAAACCCAGUUUUGGGGAACUCUGAUGAAAUGAAGAUCAAGAAGAGAAAUAGAAAGAAAAUGAAAUUAACAGAAUUAGCAUCAGCUGAGGGGGGAAACAGGUUGGCUGCUAGAUGCAGAAAAUGCAACACAACCUUCAAAAGUCAUCAAGCUUUGGAGGGUCAUCUAUGCAGCCAUCAAAAUUCUAAGAAAAUUCAAUCCAAGUCAGAUGGUGUGUCAGCCACAAAAGUGGAGCGUCGUAUCAAACCAACCAUGCAAGGGGAGGAAACGGGAACUGCUCUCGAGGGUAGUGCUGUGGAAGCCAUGAGAGGGUCUGACUGUAAAGUUCUCAACGAGACUUUCUCAACUGGUCAAGCCUUUGGGGACCACAAGAGAUCUGACUGGACCAGCAUGGCAGAAGCUCGGUCAGCUCAAGCAACAUCAUCACACGUGGAAAAUGGUCAGAAUUGUUCCAAGGUUUUGUGUUUUGAUCUUAAUCAGAUUCCUGCUACGGAUGAGGAAGAGGGUGUUCAAUCAGACUUGUUUAUUCCUGCCAAUAUUAUGACAUCAUCCAGUUAUGAUUCCUCUUCCUAA